AUGCCCAUAGCCGUCGUGGGCAUAGGCUUCCGUGGCCCAGGAGAUGCAACCAACGCCGAAAGACUCUGGCAAAUGAUACUCGAUGGUCGUGAAGCACGAACCCCGAUCCCCCAAUCAAGGUGGAAUAACGGUUCUUUCUACCAUCCAGACCAUUCGAGGCAUGGGGCGGUCAAUGUCCAAGACGGUCAUUUCCUUACGGAGGAUGUCUCAUUGUUUGACGCUCCAUUUUUCAAUAUGACCAGCGAUGAAGCAGCUUCUAUGGAUCCCCAGCAAAGGCUUCUUCUCGAGGUUACAUAUGAAGGUCUCGAAAAUGCUGGUAUCCCCCUCCCCCAGAUAGCCGGUACCAAAACCUCUUGUUUCGUUGGUUCCUUCAAUUCAGACUAUACCGACCUUCUCCUCCGUGAUCCGGAGGCUGUCUCCAUGUAUCAAUGCACGAAUGCUGGUCAGUCUCGCGCUAUGACAGCAAACCGGGUGUCGUACUUCUAUGACCUCAAAGGACCUAGUGUGACCGUUGACACUGCGUGUUCCGGGAGCUUAGUGGCUCUUCAUUUGGCUUGCCAGAGCUUGAGAACAGGUGACGCCACGAUGGCCAUGGCGGCGGGUGUCAACGUUGUCCUCAGUCACGAGUUCAUGACCACCAUGAGCAUGAUGAAAUUUCUAUCUCCCGAUGGGCGUUGCUAUACAUUCGAUGACAAUGCGAACGGAUACGCUCGCGGCGAGGCAGUCGGCUGCCUGAUCCUCAAACCUUUCACAGAUGCCCUUCGAGACAAAGACACUAUCCGCGCUGUCAUCCGAGGUUCCGGAUCCAACCAAGACGGCCGCACCCCAGGUAUCACGUUACCCAACGGCGCCGCACAAGAAGCUCUGAUCCGGGAUGUGUACAACACGGCUGGCCUCGAUCCUCGUGAGACGGAAUUCGUCGAGGCUCAUGGUACGGGCACACAAGCGGGCGAUCCCAUUGAGACCUCAGCUCUGUCAAGGGUUUUGGGGCUGGGCCGGGCCCCCGAGAGACCACUGCGUAUUGGGUCUAUCAAGACGAAUGUCGGUCACUUAGAGGGGUCGAGUGGGGUGGCUGGAGUGAUUAAAGCUGUAUUCAUGCUGGAGAAUAGGACGUUUCCCCCGAACCGCAACUUUACCACCCUCAACCCGCGAAUUCUGCUGGAUGAGUGGAAGCUCAAGAUACAACUGGAACCUGAAGCAUGGGACAGUUCAGGUCCUCAUCGUGUCUCCAUAAAUAGCUUCGGAUACGGUGGUAGCAAUGCUCAUAUAAUUAUCGAGGAUGCUGCGGGAUAUCUCUCCAGACGGUGUAUGGGUGGACUCUACCGGAAACCAGAGUUGCCAUUGACUAUCUCAAACGGGACUGCAAAUCACAGUUCCCAGUACUCGCGAUCUCGCAUCUUCAUGAUCUCCGGUUUUGAUGAAGCCUCGUGCACGAAACAGGCAGAGAGGCUACGCGAGUAUCUCCUCGAAAAAGAGUCGCUGACGGGUGAUGCCUUCAUGAAUAAUUUGGCUUUCACGCUCAACGAGCAUCACACAAAAUUACCGUGUAAAGUUGCAGUUACUGGCGACACAGCCGCCGAGGUUGCGGGGGCCUUGUCCAGCAAGGUCAAGGUCAAAAGGAGUACCAAGAAGCCUACAGUCGGGUUCGUCUUUACUGGACAGGGUGCUCAAUCGCCCGGAAUGGGAAGGGAGCUCCUUGGUGCCUAUCCUGUUUUCCGGAAAUCUAUCGAGAAUAUCGACGAGUACCUAAAGCGCAUUGGGGCUCCGUUCAGUGUAAUAGAUGAGAUUUGGACAAACAAAGAUCCUGUCCGACUGAGUCGUCCCCUCCACAGUCAGCCACUCUGCUCUGCGUUACAGAUCGCCUUGGUAGAUCUCCUCGCAAGCUGGGGUAUCGUCCCCGACUCCGUAACGGGCCAUUCCAGUGGUGAAAUUGCAUCCGCGUACGCAGCUGGUGCUCUGACCAUGGAGGAUGCAAUGUCGAUUGCGUAUCAUCGAGGUGUUUCAGCUAGUAGGAUCGCAAAUGAGGAACUGAAGAAAGGCGGCAUGCUUGCCCUGGGCGUUUCCGCAGAAAAUGUCCAGCCAUACCUGGAGACACUGCAAUCGGGAAAAGCCGUCGUGGCUUGUGUCAACAGCCCGUCUAGUGUGACCAUCUCUGGUGACGUCCCCGCGAUCGAAGAGCUCGAAGAUCUUCUCAGCGAUAAGCAGGCUUUCAGUCGUCGAUUGGCAGUUGAUGUCGCCUACCAUUCUCAUCAUAUGGAACAAAUAGCCGCUCAAUACCUGGACUCAAUCGCUCAUGUCAAGCCACGGGAAACAGAUGACCAGGCUAAAGCAAUAUCAUUUUUCUCGUCCGUGACCGGAACGGAACUCUCCCCGUCUGAACUCGGAGCCAAGUACUGGGUCUGCAAUUUACUUGGCCAGGUCAAAUUCUCAGAUUCUUUGCGCAUGCUCUGUUUUGAAACAAACCAAAGGCAACGGAAUGCAAAUACCAAGCGCGCGAAACGUUCACAAAAAGUCAGCGUCGACACGUUGAUCGAGGUUGGACCACAUUCCGCUAUGUCCGGUGCUAUCAAGCAGAUCUUCAAACCCGAUCCAAAGCUCUCAGUUGCUGGGAUUGCCUACGGAAGUGUCCUCGUCCGAAAGCAAAAUGCUGUGUCAGCGGCUUUAUCUGUAGCGGGGAUGCUUGCAGCAUCCAGUUAUCCCGUGGACUUCCAGGCAUUGAAUAAUCCUACGAACGAUGAGCCUCACCUCCUUGUCGACCUUCCGCCGUAUGCGUGGAAUCAUUCUCGGUCAUACUGGGCCGAGUCGCGAAUUAGCAAGGCUUAUCGGAACCGGAAGUUCCCACGUACGGAUCUCCUCGGGGUGCCGGAUCCCGUAUCCUGUCCAUUUGAGCCCCGAUGGAGGAACUAUAUCCGCGUGGUCGAAAUCCCGUGGCUCAGGGACCACAAGAUUCAAUCCAAUAUUGUCUAUCCGGCUGCUGGCUAUAUCGCUAUGGCGAUAGAGGCGGCGUUACAGCAUAGCUUGGGGACUUCGUCAAAUAUAGCAAUCUCUGGGUAUCUGCUGAGAGAUGUCACCAUACAGUCCGCCCUCGUCAUCAACGAGAUAUCAGCUGUGGAGGUCCUAGUUUCCCUCAAGGAAUACGCAGCAGACGGUCCUGACAAGUCGUACGAGUUCCAUGUUUAUUCCGCAUCAGAUGAUAAUCGUUGGACACAGCAUUGCAAGGGGUUUGUCAGUGUUCAAUAUGCAUCUCCCGGACAUAUCGAGCCCCACACAGAACUUAUGACCAAUGGGUACAGUUCCACUAGUCUGGACGUUGCACGAUUCUACGAGACACUUGCCGCUGCAGGCUUGGAAUACGGACCGACGUUUGCCAACAUGACAGCAGCCCGUUACUUGUUACACAGUUGCGUUGCGGAGAUCACCGUCCCUGAUACAGCGGCUGUGAUGCCCAUGAACUACCAGCAUCCAUAUAUAAUUCACCCGUGCACGCUGGACGCUAUCUUCCAUUCCAUCUUCCCAGGCCUACCAGGUACCUUGGACGGCACGCUCGAACCACCUAUUCCAGUCUCUAUCGGUGAAAUGUAUGUGUCUAGCGAUAUUACCACAGCACCAGGAAGCAAACUGGAUGUGUCUACGCAAGUCUGGGAGCAAGGCGAGCAAGAUGUCCUUGCUUCGAUUCAAGUUUCUGAUGCCCAAACCUCUGGAACUGCGGUGUCUAUCUCUGAUCUCCGAUGCAGAAGGCUUGCAAGCGACUCACCCAAGAGCGCAGCCAAGGAGACUCGCAUUGUGUACAGAAUAGAUUGGCAGAUAGAUCCAGAUCUUCUGUCUACGGAUGGUGUAUUAAAUAUGCUGGGCGAUGAAUGUGCGAAAAAACCAGUCGACAAACUCCUUGAACGAUGCGCAUUGCAUUAUAUCCGCCAGGCAGUCGAGGCGCUCAACGACGUAGAGCUUCCACCAACGAACCAAGAAAUCUGGAGGUUCUUUGUCAAUAUCGCAAAAAAGCACGGAUCGGUGGAAUCAAACAUCACUACGUCCCAGAUUCAGCAAGUAUUGAACACUGGUCCGACGGGCGAACUUCUAGUUGCCGUUGGCGAAAGCAUCCCCGCCAUCCUACAAGGCAAGGUCGACGCUGCCACUCUCCUUCACAGCUCGGGUCUCCUGGAGAAACGCCUCUAUGACUGCUACGACUCAGCAGCUGUGUAUUUGCGGACAGUCGGUCACAAGAACCCCAGUAUGUCGGUCUUACAGAUUGGAACAGGAACAGGAAGGCCGAUUCAAUCGCAGUUCCAAAUCCUUUUCUUAGAGGGGAGAGAUACCACGCCUCGUUUCCUGAACUACACAGUCACGGAUUCGGAUCAGUCUGUUCUCGAGGACGCAGCAAAGUACCUCUCUGAGUAUGAAGAGUGGAUCGAUUUCAAAACUCUCGAUAUCGAAACCGACCCCGAGCCGCAGGGCUUUACUUCACACCAAUACGAUGUGAUAGUCAUUCCACAUGGGAUCUACGCUGCUAGACUGACGGAGCAAGCCCUCAAGAACAUCCACCAGCUGCUCAAUCCAGACGGCCACCUAGUCCUGGUCGAUCCUGCACGCAGGCAUGACGGUCUCAUUGAGUCUGCCAUCUUCGGCUGUCUUCCUGGAUGGCCGCCUGGCGAAUGGGAUAAUGUGCUUCGAGGCGCGCAAUUCUCUGGCGUUGACCAUCUUGUCGAGUUCGGUGAUACAUCGCUUAUUCUCAGCAGCCCACUGAAACAGCCUCCCUCUGUUAAUCCUGCGGAGGUACUGAUCAUCGCUGAAGAGAGUGACUCUGUCUCUCUGCCUUACUUGCGAGAAAUGCUCUCCACGAUUCAGCUCACAGCGAAAAUAACGGAUCUUGCACAUGCAAAACCAGAAGGACGACUAUGCAUCGUCCUUAGUGAUAUCCUAACCCCCUCAAUGACCGGCGCAGACGACGCCACUUUCGACACAGUCAAGUCAAUAUUCCUGAAAAGCUCCGGUGUUCUAUGGGUUACGCGGGGCGGAGAGACUCUAGGUCCCAGAGAUCCAGAUGCGUCAAUUAUCACGGGAUUUGCUCGAACAGCGCGCUCAGAGUCUGGCGUUGAACCGAUCGUCACGCUGGAUCUUGAUGCACGGGACGUGUUAUCUGCUGAACGAGCGGCAGAAGUGAUAUUCGGAUUAUUCCAGUAUCGCUUCCUUGUCAAUCGCUCGAUACAUGCCGACACUGAGUAUUCUGAGUCUGGAGGAAUCCUGUCUAUACCACGGGUUGUGGAAGAACCUCGUCUGAACAAACAUCUUGCGACGGCGUUGAAUCCGCGGGUAUUGAUGGAUCAGCCAUUCCAUCAGCCAAACCGGCCAUUGCGAGCAAUUGUCGGUAGCAGCAAUAGUGCAGAGAGGUUUUACUUCGUUGAUGAUUCCCGAGCAUCUCCGCUGCCUCCAGAUCACGUUGGGAUCAACGUCCAGGUCAUCGGACUGACCAAGGAUAAUACCCGGAUCCAGCCUGGUGAGGAGAAUGUUGGCACACAGUGCAGCGGAACGGUAUAUGCCGUCGGUAAGGCCGUUCAGGGCUUCGAAAUUGGAGAUCAAGUUCUCUGUCUAGGCACCGGGACAAUAGCAAGCAUCUAUCAUGACCGUGCGGAGGCAUUCCAGAAGAUCCCAUCCGGUAUGUCCUUGGACAUUGCUGCUACCUUGCCUGUACCGUUUUGCACGGCAUUCUAUGUCCUUCGCCAUCUGGCUCGUGUUGGCCCGGGCGAUAGGGUCCUCAUCAACGGAGCUGCGAGCGCAUACGGUCAGGCACUGGUCAAAGUCGCCAAUCUCACAGGUGCUCAUAUAUUUGCAAUCGUUGCCGACGAGAAGCAGAAAAUGUUCCUCUUCUUCACAGCCAAGAUACCAGAGGAUCAGAUUCUGGUUCGUGAUAUGGAUGAUUUCACUGACAUGGUUGAGAGGUCUACCGGCAAAGACGUGGACGUCAUCGUUGACUGCAACGACUCUGACCAGGACGUCAAGCUGUUGACUAACCAGGUUAAUACGUAUGGACGGUUCAUCAAGUUGGCGGGUGCUGGUUCGAAGAGCAUUCGUUUCUCGCAUUUUGGCAAGGAGGCCAUGUUCAUGGUGUUUUCUCUCGAGACCCUGAUGAGAGAGAAGCCUGGCGUUCUCUACGAUGUCUUCCGGCAAGUGAUGGAUCUUUUCCGUGACGGGACACUACAAGGGCCACCAUUGCUACAGUCAUUUAAGAUUUCCGAACUCGACAAUGUGCUGGACUCUUUUGAUCCAAAUACUUCUCAUUUCAUGACGAUCACAGCCGCCCCGGACGAUCUUAUCAAGGCAACUCGUCCAAAGACAGAUAUACUUCUCCGUUCAGACGCCUCUUACAUGCUCGUUGGUGGACUUGGUGGUAUCGGACGGGCAACUGCACUCUGGAUGGCUGAGCACGGAGCAAGAACCCUGAUUUUCGUGAACCGGAGUGGUCUGUCGAAAGAGUCGUCCAAAGAGACCGUGCGGGUAUUAGAAGAGCGAGGAGUCCGGGUGAUCGUUUACGCCUGCGAUGUCUCAGAGAGCAGACAGAUGCAGACGAUGGUUUCUGAGCUCGCGCAACAAGCACCACCAAUUCGGGGUGUCAUCCAAGCCGCCAUGGUGUUGAAGGACACACACAUCGAAAAAAUGACCGCAGAAACCUACCACACCGUCCUCCAACCCAAAUACAGCGGAACCUGGAACCUCCACCGGCACCUCCCCUCCGAAAACCUGGACUUCUUCCUCCUCCUCUCGUCAAUCAGCGGCAUAAUCGGCAACGCCACACAAGCCGCCUACGCCGCCGGCUCAACCUUCAUGGACGCCUUUGCAUCCUACCGCUCGCGCAACCUAGGCUUACCAACUGUCUCCCUGGACCUCGGCGUGAUUACAGAUGUAGGCUACGUCGCCGAGCACCAGGGUCUUGCAGCAGCGAUGGAACAGCAGGGCUUCCAGGGGACUGAUACACCGACACUCCUAGCGUUGAUUGAGAUGGCGAUUGCGCAACCGAUCGAGUUUCAUCAGGUUAUCACGGGGUUGGGCGAGUGGAAGGGGUCAGGGAAGUCGUUGGCGAAUUUUGAUGCGCCGCUUUUCGCGUGGUAUCGUCGUCUGUUCUUGUCUGCAGAUUCUGUGGAUGCUGGUAAUGAUGGGUCUGUUGUUGACACGCUUCGCGAGGAUCUAGCUGCGACUAAGACACUUGAUGACGCGACGGGUAUUAUUUACUCUGCUCUCAGCGCGAAGAUCGCAGCGCAUCUAUCUCUCUCCGCGGAGAGCAUUGAUCCCUCGAGUCCGAUCUCGGAGUACGGCGUUGACUCGCAUGUUGCGGUAGAACUGAGGAACUGGAUUACGGAGAAGAUGGAGAGCACGGUUCCUAUCCUGGAGAUCCUGGCGAGUGGUUCGGUGGGAGAGUUGGCAGCGAAGAUUGCAGGAAAGUCCAAGUUGGUCAAAUUGGAAGAGUAG